AUGACGGAAGAAGCCUCUUUAAAGUAUGGGAUCAAUUUGCCCAGUCGAAGUAUUGUCAGUCUUCCAGCUGGGGAAAGAACUUUAUUUCUUGUUGGUACUCAAUCGUUAAAGGAGGAUAAUCAGAUUUAUAUGCUGGAAGUCGAUGAUAAUUGGCUUGAUAUUAGCACAAGGUCAUUUGAUCAUCCUUCUGGUGAAAUUUGGUCUAUGUCAAGCUCAUUCGUCGAUUCGAAUAUUUUUGCUACAUGUUAUGUUUCUUGGAAUGACACAAUACGAAGUGGUGUUGGUUUGUGGAAGAUCAAUGAUGACGAAUCAAAUCUUGUUGAGCUCGCUCAAUAUAUAUCUCCUUCGAAAAGUGGAAAAUGCAUUUCAGCUGAAUUCCAUCCGAGUGGAAAUAAAUUGGCGAUUGCCGUUGAUAAUUCUGUGCUAUUAGCUGAUGUUGUUAAUUCCCUAAAGAUAGAAAGUUCUACAUCGAUCGAUGGUAAAACACCAGUAAGUGCAUCGGUAUGGAAUUUUUACUCAAAUGGCAGUAUCUUAGCGGUAGCUUACGAUACAUUAGUGGAAGGAAUUGAUGUUCGCACUAUGCAGAAAACAUUUUCUAUUAGAAAUGUAAAUUCGCCUCGCGUUAGAAAUUUGGAUUUCAAUCCUAAUGUGGAGCACACUGUAGCAACUUGUGGUGAUGAUUUCAGAGUGGCAUUAUGGGAUAUACGGAAGUUAGAUAUGCCAUUGAAAGUUUUACAGGAUCAUAGGCAUUGGGUAUGGUGUGUUAAAUUCAACCCUUUUCAUGAUCAGUUGUUGUUAUCAGCAGGCAGUGAUGCUAGAUUAUUCCUGAAUAGCGUGGAAUCUCUUAGCUCUGAUUCUAAUCAUGCAUUGGCAUUGGACGACAGUUGUUCUACACUCGAAAAUGUUUUGGGUGAUAAAUGUUUGGAGAAGAUGGAAGAGCAUGAGGAAUCAGUAUACAGUUGUGCAUGGGCUGGUAGCAAUCCAUGGGUUUUCGCUUCAGUUUCCUUUGACGGCACAGUAAUCAUUUCAAAAUUAAAACAAAAUUUCAAAUAUGCUGUAUUGCGAUCUUAA